CCCCCCCCCACCCAACACGUGCAACAGCAGAGGAAUUAACCUUUUACUAAACAGGUGGAAUACAUAGGUGGAUUGCAGAAUUGGCAUACUUUCCCUUGAGAGACAAAAGUUUUCAGUAUGAAGUACUACUCUCAGUACCCAGUGUCCCAGUACAACACUACAGUCCCUGUGAAGCCAGCCAGGACAGUGCACUUCCCCAAUGACAUCGUCUUUCAGGACCACAUCAGACAAGGGGACCUGGAGCAGGUUGGGAGGUUCAUCAGGGCCAGGAAAGUGACAUUGGACACCAUAUACCUGUCAGGCAUGGCAGCGCUGCAUGAGGCUGUGCUGUCAGGGAACCUUGAGUGUGUGAAGCUGUUGGUGAAAUACGGAGCUGAUAUUCACCAGAAAGACGAAAACGGCUGGACUCCGCUGCACAUGGCCUGCAGUGAUGGCUACCCUCACAUUGCGAGAUACCUCAUCUCUCUGGGUGCCAAAGUAGAUGCGGUGAAUGAAGGCGGUGAAAAACCAGCUGACCUCAUUGACCCUGACAGCAAAGAACUGGUCAUGCUCUUCAAAGGUUUAGGUGUGGUCUGAAUGACAAGCUUCUAUUGGACAGACGGUUAACUGAAAAGGACUCUAAUUGUGUCUGCCCUUUAGACACCAAGGUCACAGAAAAAGGAACUAAUUGCAAUAUGUUCUCUCAGACUCCCCUACCCCAUUAGGGCAUAUGGGGUGCUCUGCCAUUGGUUUACUUGCGGGAGAAACAGAAGCUGAAACUAUAUGGUUGUUCUGCCAAUCACAGCAUCUGCUUCUGAGCUAGCUGUUUGUGUUGCAAGAUGUAAAAAGAGUAUUUUUAUAUUAACAAAAAAAAGGAUAAUAAUGAUAAUAAUCAAGGUGCUUCUUCUGUGUCAAGCUGAUGACAGAUUAAAAAUAGAGAUCUGUGUUCAAUAUACAGAAAAUACGGCAAUGUAUAGUACCACUAUAUAUGUAUAGCAAAAUGCUAGGUACCAUUGACUCCCGUCGUUAAGAUGUUUAUAGGCUCAAACAGGAUCACAUGAAGGUCAAUUUCUCUGUGAACAGCAUGUCCAAACUAAUUUUGAAUUAAUUUUGCACUCACAGCCCUGUGUAUUGCACUUUACGCAUAUCAAUAUAUGCACUGUUUGUAAUGCUGGUCAACAAAAUCAGUCUGUAAUUUGUUCAGUAAUUGACAAAUGUAGAACUUAUUGUGCACAUGUGCCAGUGUACUUAUAAAGUAUUUUACAUGUGACCAGUGUCUUCUGUUAAGUGUCUGAUUACAAACUACAGGAUCAACUAACCAGGCACUAAAUAGAUAUGCAUAAUACUAGUUUAACUCUUUGGGUUCUGCUGAUCUUCAGCCAAUCAACAGCAGACAUUAUUAUUCCAAUUGACCACCAAAGGUGGAUUUCAGAUUUUUUUAAUAGAUGCACAAACAGGAGACAGGAGAUGGCUAGCAACUUGAUCCAGAACGUGGUGCUUGAUAUGGAGAUCAACUAAAUACAAAUACCUUUUUAUUAUUUCAAUUAUGUCAAUGCCAGAUAAAUUAUUUAUCUUUAAAAAUAUCCUUAUGUUUCAUACAAAUGAAGCUAUGAGCAGAUAUCAUUUGUCAGUAACCAUGGUGUUUUUGAAUGAGUUAUAUGAAUGUCUUACUUUUUAAUUUUUUUUUUAUUCUUG